AUGCUUAUCCCCAAGGCCGACCGCAAGAAGAUCCACGAGUUAGUCUACCUUUACAACCAUCCUUGUCACGGCGCAGUCGAGCUCGAGGGAGUUCUGGUCGCUAAGAAGGACUUCAACCUUCCCAAGCACGGCGAGAUCGACACCAAGAACCUUUACGUCGUCAAGGCUUGCCAGUCUUUGACCUCGCGCGGUUACCUCAAGACCCGCUUCUCGUGGCAAUGGUACUACUACACCCUCACCCCUGAGGGUCUCGACUACCUCCGUGAAUGGCUCCACCUCCCCGCCGAGAUCGUUCCCCAGACCCACAUCAAGCAGCAGCGCUCUGCUCCUCCCCGGGGUAUGCUCAGCGGUGACGACCGUGAGCGCCGUGGUGGUGGCCGUGGUGGACGUGGCGGUGACCGUGGUGGUGACCGUGACGGCUACCGCCGCCGUGAUGCCGGCGAGAAGGCUGAGGGUGCUGCCCCUGGCGAGUUCAAGCCCGAGUUCCGUGGUGGCUUUGGCCGCGGACGUGGUGCUGCUCCUGCUUCGUAA